AUGGCGAAACUCCCUGUCGCCCUGGCGCCCACCCGCGCCGGCACCUCUUCGUGCCUCCUUUCCACAACCACGCGCACCACCACGCCGUCUUCAUCCCUCCGCGCACACGCCCGCCACGCCACCUUUAUCGCGCGGCCACGCCGCCCCUACAAAUUCACCCAAAUGGUGCGCCUCUCCGACGGCUCGACAUACACGAUGCGAACGACAUCACCGGAGCCGCUCUACCGCCCGGUCAAGGACACGCGCAACGCGCUGCUGUGGCAGCCCAGCGACAAGUCGCUCCGCAACGUCGAGCUCGACGAGGCCGGCCGCCUCGCCGCCUUUCGCGAGCGCUUCGGACGCGGCUUCGAUGCGACGGCGGCGACUACGGGCGAGCAGCAGGAGGAGGCGGACGUGACGCCCGAGUCGGCGACGGCGGGCGCGUCGGGCACAGGGGAUGCGUUUGCGGAUCUGCUGGCUGGAUACGCGCCCAAGGACACGGGUGCGAUGAAGGAGGCGCGAGGAAAACAGGUGCACCAAGGAAAACGCAAGUAA